UGAGAAAACAGCAUGAACUCCAAGCCUGGCUUUAAUCCUGACUUCGUCUUCUCUGCCUCAAAAUCUCAAGAUGCUAUCAUGGAUCCACCUACUUUCAAAGAAGAGAUUGAUUUGAUCAACCGAAAUGCUUCCGAGGUAGAUGAAGAAAUGAUAGACAAAGGAUCAAAAAGCAAACAACAUGGAGCUCAGCCUAUGGAUAUGCACUCUGAAAGUGUUCGUGACAGAGAAGUAAAUCCAGGCGACGAAAAAUUUUCACAGGAACAAGUUUUCAUCAGUUCUUUAGUUUGGGGAGGAGGAAAUCUGAAAGCCCUUCAGGGCAGGAUGCCAGGCGCCAGCUCUAAUAUAUGCCUCUUUCAUUUUUGUUUUCUUUUUUCUUUUUUUAUGAACCAAUUAAAGCUUAUGAAAAAAUCGACAUGCUGGGGACAUCCUAGAAUCACCCAUUCCUACAAUGGGUAA